AUGAUGUCCAUUGAGCGAAAGUCUCUGCUGAAAGCCAAUGAGGAGCUGAACAUCCAAGUUCUCAACGUGAAAAAAGCUGCGCUUGAAAAAACCACUGCCUUGGCACAAAUAAACACCACCUUCAAGCAAGAAAACACCACCCUGGGGCAGAAAAACACCGCUUUGGAGGAGGUUAAAAUCUCUCUGGAGAAGGAAAACACCGGCCUGAAGCUGAAAAGCUUCGCUCUGGAGAAAAGAAGCGCUGCCUUGGUGAAAAUGAGCACCGCCCUGCAGCUGAAAAGCUUGGCCCUGGAGCAGAAAACCAUCGCCUUGGAGAAUAUAAACACCGCCUAUGAACAGGAAAACACCGACCUGAAGCUGAGAAGUCGCGGAAAUGUCUCGGAAGAGGAAAAGCAGACCAAAAAGACGAGGGACAGAGUAGAACAGCAGAACCGGCAGCCACCUGAAGAGGAAACCCACGAAGACAGCCAGUCGGUUUCAGACCAGCCACAGGAGCAGCGACACAAGAUAAUUCACUCGGGUGAGAAACCUUACACCUGCACAACCUGUGGGAAAAGUUUUUUGUUUAAAUCUCAUUUACUUGCUCAUAUUGAGAUUCAUACAGGUGAGAAAUCUUUCUCUUGUGAGACUUGUGGGAAAAGUUUCACUCGAAAGCAAAGUUUAACUGUUCACAUGAGAUGUCACACGGGUGAGAAGGUUCUCAAUUGUGGCACUUGUGGAAGAAAUUGUUUGACUAGAUCUCAAUUAGUUCAUCACAUGAGAUCUCACACAGGUGAGAAACCUUUCUCAUGUGAGAACUGUGGAAAAAGUUUCACUCGAAAGGAAAGCUUAACUGUUCACAUGAGAUGUCACACGGGUGAGAAACCUUUCUCAUGUGAGAACUGUGGAAAAAGUUUCACACGAAAGGAAAGCUUAACUGUUCACAUGAGAUGUCACACGGGUGAGAAACCUUUCUCAUGUGAGAACUGUGGAAAAAGUUUCACUCGAAAGGAAAGCUUAACUGUUCACAUGAGAUGUCACACGGGUGAGAAACCUUUCUCAUGUGGGGCCUGUGGAAAAUGUUUCACUUAUAAAAAAAGUUUAAAACUUCACGUGAGAAUUCACACUGGUGAGAAGCCUUUCUCAUGCGAGAUUUGUGGAAAAAGUUUCACUCAUAAAACCAGCUUAACUGCUCACAUGGUAACUCAUACAGGUGAGAAGCCUUUCUUAUGUGGAACUUGUGGGAAAUGUUUCCCUUAUGAAAAAACUUUAAAUUCUCAUAUGAGAACUCACACAGGGGAGAAGCCUUUCUCAUGUGCUACCUGUGGGAAAAGUUUUGCUUUUAGGUCUGAUUUACGAAAUCACAUGAGAUCUCACACAGGUGAGAAGCCUUUCUCAUGUGUGAUUUGUGGGAAAAGUUUCCCUUAUAAAAAAAGUUUAGAACGUCACAGGAGAAUUCAUACUGGUGAGAAGCCUUUCUCAUGUGUGAUUUGUGGGAAAAGUUUCAGUCAAAAACAGCACUUAACA